AUGCUUUCUUCGCGUUUACUACCUCGCUCGGCCGUCCGGGCCCGCUCCGCCUUCCGGCCGUCUACCCUGCCUGCGAUAGUACGAACGUAUGCGUCGUCGUCCGAAGAGAAGGACCUCGUUAUCAUUGGUGGUGGUGUAGCUGGAUAUGUCGCCGCCAUCAAGGCUGGCCAAGAAGGCAUGAAGGUGACGUGCAUUGAGAAGAGAGGCAUGCUGGGCGGUACUUGUCUCAACGUGGGCUGCAUCCCGUCUAAAUCCCUCCUCAACAACUCCCAUCUCUACCACCAGAUCCUGCACGACACCAAAAACCGCGGUAUCGAGGUCGGUGAUGUCAAGCUAAACCUCAAGGAGAUGAUGAAGGCAAAGGACACAUCCGUCACCGGUCUGACCAAGGGUAUCGAGUUCCUCUUCAAGAAAAACGGCGUAGAGUACAUCAAGGGCACCGGAACCUUCGCCAGCGAGAACGAGAUCAAGGUGGCGCUCAACGAGGGUGGCGAGACCAGCGUCAAAGGCAAGAAUAUCCUGAUCGCUACUGGUAGCGAGGCCACACCCUUCCCCGGCCUUGAGAUCGACGAGAAGCGCGUCAUCACCAGCACCGGCGCUUUAGCCCUCGAGAAGGUACCCGAAUCUAUGGUGGUCAUUGGUGGCGGCAUCAUCGGUCUCGAGAUGGGCUCUGUCUGGUCUCGGUUGGGCGCCAAGGUUACCGUCGUUGAGUUUCUGAACCAGAUCGGCGGCCCUGGCAUGGACGCUGAAAUUGCCAAGUCGGCCCAGAAGCUGCUGAAGAAGCAGGGUAUGGAGUUCAAGCUCGGCACCAAGGUGAACAGCGGAGAUAACUCGGGCGACAAGAUCAAGCUCGAGGUUGACUCUUCCAAGGGUGGCAAGCCUGAAACUCUGGAAGCUGAUGUCGUCCUCGUCGCUAUCGGUCGUCGCCCCUACACCGCAGGCCUAGGUCUCGAGAACAUCGGCCUCGAGGUCGAUGAUCGCGGCCGUGUUGUAAUCGAUUCCGAAUACCGCACCAAGGCUGCCCACAUCCGAUGCAUUGGUGACUGCACAUUCGGCCCUAUGCUUGCACACAAGGCCGAGGAGGAGGCCGUAGCCGCUGUCGAGUAUAUCAAGAAGGGCUACGGACACGUCAACUACGGCGUUAUUCCCUCAGUCAUGUACACCCAUCCCGAGGUUGCCUGGGUUGGACAGAACGAGCAAGAACUCAAGUCCCAAAACAUCCCCUACAAGGUCGGCACCUUUCCCUUCAGCGCCAACUCACGUGCCAAGACCAACCUCGAUACCGAGGGGAUGGUAAAGAUGCUGGCCGAUCCCGAGACGGAUAGGCUUCUAGGUUGCCACAUUAUUGGCCCCAACGCCGGUGAGAUGAUUGCGGAGGCGACGCUUGCUCUGGAGUACGGCGCGUCAACCGAGGAUAUUGCCCGUACCUGCCACGCUCACCCCACACUGGCAGAAGCAUUCAAGGAGGCGGCCAUGGCCACCUACUCGAAGGCCAUCCACUUUUAA